AUGAUCAUCUUUUAUUUUCUUGGUGCUGGCUUUGCAGCCCUAAAGUUUGAGAAUUUCUCCUGGCUAUCUCCCCUCACUGAUCUACGACACUGCUAUCUCAGCCACACGGGCAAGCGGUCUGAGACGCUGGCUGCUGAACACGAACGCCGUGGAGAAGCCAUCCUCAGAAUUGGACCUAAUGCAUUAUCCUUCAAUUACCCACAAGCCGUCAGAGACAUCUAUGGUCAUCAGACAAAGUGCACCAAAGAUCACAAAGAAACCGUUCUUGCUGGAACGCAUCGAAACCUUUUCGAUGUAGUUGACAAAGGUGAACACAGCAGGAAGAGAAGACUUCUUUCUGCUGCCUUUGCUACCAGGAAUCUGGCAAAAUGGGAGUUCAAAGUUCGGUACACCACUCAGCGACUUCUCGAUGCAUUCGACCCUCGUUGUACUGCAACUCUCAAGCCAAAUACCGACCCUGACCCGGAAGAUCUCACAGUUGACUUCAACAACUGGAUUAACCUCUGGACUAUCGAAGCUAUCAACUACAUCCCUCUCUCAUCCAAGAUGACCUUGCUCGAUACUGGCACGGAUGAAGUCAUGGCCGAGACGCCUGAUGGCACACUCUAUCCUGCUAGAUACCGACAAUCGCAGAACCACUCAGCUAUAGUCAAAUCCAUCUUUUGCUGGGAGUACGAGCUAUACCCAUGGCUACGUCAUAUCUCCAAGGGCGACAUUUACUACCAUCAAGCUAAAGAAAGACUGAGACGACACCAGGCUGGUGAAAAACUCGAUGAUUUCUUCUCAUUCCUAAUGCACGAUAAGAACGGCAUUGCCAACAAGGUUAAAUGGGGAGAGAUUGUUACAGAGAUCUCGGCAAUCAUUAAUGCUGGAGCUGAGACUACAGCUAUUGCCCUUACACAUGUCCUUCAGCUGUUAAUCAGCCAUCCCACCCAACUCCAAAAGCUGAGAGACGAGAUUGCUGGUGUCAUAGAUGAAGAUAAUGUCAUAGCGCCGUUGGAGAAAGUGAAAGAUCUCCCAUAUCUGAAAGCAUGUCUCGACGAAGGUCUCCGUCUUAUCCCACCUGUGUCGUCUGGUCUUCCACGACGUACGCCACCAGAAGGCGCCAGUAUCAUGGAGACUUGGAUCCCAGGAAAUACGUCGGUUUCCAUGACGAUUUGGAGCGCUCAUCAUAAUGAGGACAUCUACCCUGAAUCUUAUGCCUUUAAGCCCGAACGCUGGCUUGACCCAAAGGAGCGAAAAAGGAUGGAGCCCUUCUUUAUUCCGUUCUCUACGGGUGCAAGAGGUUGUAUUGGACGGAAUAUCUCGUAUCUGGAGCAGCAGAUUGUUGUCAGUACUUUGGUGCACCGUUAUGAUUUUGCCAUGCCGACCAAGGACUUUAAGGUGUCGCGGUUUGAAGCUUUUAACUUAAUUAUGGGAAGAUUGCCUAUUAAGAUUUGGCGUAGAUGA